GAAGGUAUGCUCCUGCCUUUGUUUCUAAGAGCUUCCUGGCUUUCAGAAUCUUGCCUCUAUAAUGUCACCUAGGAAUGCAUUUUUUUUUCACGAAUACAAGGAAAGUUUCUUCCCACUGGAAACACUGAAUCCAGAUGGACAACCAGUUGAACCUCAGACCACUCAAAAGGAGUGCCGCCAGCGGAUGUUAAUGAAACGAUUGGAUGUGACAGUGCAGUCCUUUGGAUGGUCCGAUAGAGCAAAGGCAAUAACAGAUAACAUCGCAAGAAUUUACCAGCCCAAAUGUUAUGCUUUGUCGCCAAGACAACAGUCACAUUGGCACAUCUGCUUGCGGCCCUGUGAAGAUCUGUCUAACAUCAUCAGGAUAAGCAGCGGUAUCAGCCGGGAGAAGAUGUCAUGCGCCAUUAAUCAGAAUGAACUGCAAGCUAUACACAACACUCAACUGUGGCAUCAGAGAGACAGUUUGAAGUGCAUGUCUAUUAAAAGCACAAUGGAAAAUCCUCUUCAGAGCCUUGUGGGACCAUCAAAUACUGGGCUGACAGUGGAAAUGGUGAUUACCACAGUAGUAGCAGAAGCCAUAGUAAUGAUGAAAGCACUAGCAAACUCAGUUCCUGGGGUAGCAGAAUUGUCAACAGCAGCAAUGGCGACUGUGGUAGCAGCUGAGGUGGCUGGAUGUUAA